AUGCCGCUUCCCCUUGAAACUGCGCAGGCAGUCUACCGGAAAAAAUCACAAUAUGGCCGAUAUAUUGACACCAAACAAUGGGAUAAAUUCAGUGAAGUUGCACUACCUAACGCCAAACUUAGCUUUCACAACCGAGAUGGAUCGGUCCUGAAGGCCGGGAAAAGACAUCUCACCUUUUCCUCUUCUCAAGAAUUUACAAUGUUCUUCAGCAAGUUCUUCGCCAAUGCGCAGUCACUUCAUAUUUUUGGUCCCGGAGAUCUAGAACAAACGGCGGAUGAUGAGGUGACCGCGAUAUGGGGAAUGGAAGACCAGAUUAUACUAAAGGGUUCGGCAGGACUGGUAGAGAUGAGAGGUGGAGGCUAUUAUUUUGAGACGUGGAAGAAAGUGGGUGACGACUGGUUUUUGGCGUCAUUAGGCCUAGAGAGGACAUAUCAGAAAAUCAGCUUUCUGGGGAGGUUCAUUAUGUUUCUUGAAACAUGUCUGGGGGUUUCAUUUGUUUAA